AUGGUUGAAAACGGUCACUACGCCGAGAUGACGGAGCGGCCACUCCUCGCCAAAGACGCCCUUGCCCCCAACGAGACGAAGAUGAACGGUCACGUUGUCGUUCAGCCGGUCGAGGUACCUGUCGAGGAUCCCGUCGCCCAGCCGGAAAUCCCAACCAUACCUCAGCUUCGCAAAUUCACGGGCACAUAUACCGUGACAGAUAGACCGCUUGGGUACAUCAAACCGGUACGAAUAAUUACAAUUGGCGCAGGUGCCAGCGGUAUCAAUAUGGCGUAUCAAGUGAAAAACUACCUCCGGGAAGCGGAACUGGUUGUCUACGACAAGAACCCCGCCCUCGGAGGCACCUGGUUUGAGAACAGAUAUCCUGGGUGCAAGUGCGACAUUCCAUCACACAACUACCAAUUCGCCUGGGAGCCCAAUCCGGACUGGGCAGCCAUGUUCUCCCCUGCCGAGGAGAUCCGUGAGUACCUCGAGAAGUGCGUGGCCAAACACGAUUUGUCGGGCUUCUUUAAGCUCGCACAUGAGGUCAUCGAGGCCAGAUGGCAGGAAGAGAGCGGCCGCUGGAUCGUCAAGAUCAGGAAGACUGAGACAGGAGAGGUCUUUGAAGACGAGUGUAACUAUCUGCUCAACGCCGGAGGCAUUCUGAAUGCGUGGAGAUGGCCCAACAUACCCGGCCUGCACAACUUCCGGGGCAAGUUGGUCCACAGUGCCAACUGGCCCGAAUCCUUCGACUACAAGGACCUGAAAGUCGCCGUCAUUGGAAACGGGUCCACGGGGAUCCAGAUUGUGCCGGCUCUGCAGCCGCACGUCAAGGAAUUGGUGCAUCUGAUCCGAUCGCCGACCUGGGUCACUCCAGGCGCCGCCUCGCGCUAUCCGUCAUUACGCGGCGGCAACAUGCCCGAGCAUUUCUCCGAAGAGCAGAAGGAGCUGUUCCGCCAGAACCCCGAAAAGUACCUGGCGUUCCGGAAGGCCGUCGAGGUCGAGAUCAACGCCAAAUUCCGCAUGCUCGUCAACGGAGCCCAAGAGGCCGCCAAAGCACGGCUCGACGCGGCCAACAGCAUGAUCGGGCUUCUCAAAGACAGCCCGGAUCUGAUCGAGAAGCUGAUCCCAGACUUUCCCGUGGGCUGUCGCCGCAUCACGCCCGGUGUAGGGUAUCUCGAGAGUUUUGCGAAACCCAACGUGCGAGUCAUCACCGAUGCGAGGAUCGACCACGUCGACGAGAAGGGCCUGGUCAUGUCGACCGGGGAACACAUCGAAGUCGACGCCAUCGUGUGCGCCACGGGCUUCGAUGUUUCCUUUUCGCCGAGAUUCCCCGUCACCGGCCGAGAUGGAGUGAGCCUCAAGGACGUCUGGGGUGAGCCCAACGUGCCUCAGGCAUACUUGUCCAUGGCCAUCCCCAAGUUCCCCAAUUACUUUGUCUUCCUGGGACCCAACGCGCCCAUCUCGCACGGCAGUGUCUUCACCAUCACGGAGCAAUGUUCGAAAUACAUCCUGCAGCUGAUCACCAAGGCGCAAGUCGAACUGAUCAAGGCCAUCGACGUCAAACAAGAGGCCGUCGACGACUUCGCCAUCCACAUCCACCACUUCAUGCCCCGCACCGCGUGGGCGGGCAACUGCCGGUCGUGGUUCAAGAACGGCCGCUCGUCGGGCCCCAUCAUCGCAAUCCACCCGGGCAGUCGGCUGCACUGGUUCCACGCGCUCGAGAGGCCCAAAUUCGAGGACUUUAACUACACGUACGACACGGGCAACCGGUUCCAGUUCCUGGGCAACGGGUUCUCGACGCGGGAGGAAGAGGGCGCCGAUCAGACCUGGUAUCUUGACCAGGUGGCUCCAAAGUUGCUCUACUAUUGA